AUGGCACCAUCUAUCAACAUUCCCAUUGACGCCCUGACGUCUCGCUUCAACCUGCAAAGUCGCUUCGACUCCGUUCGGUCACAGUCGCUCACCCAGCGGUUUGCCAACCUCAAGCCGAUCAGCGAGUUUCUCGAUCUGCGACGGCUCUCAAAGCCGGCAAAUUUUGGCGAGGCUCAGUCGCGCAUGAACUACAAUUUGGGCUAUUUCUCCAGCAAUUACUCUGUCGUCUUCAUCAUGUUCUUCAUCUACAGCUUGAUCACCAACCUCACCCUUCUCUUCGUCAUCUUUCUGGUGGUCGGCGGUAUGUGGGGCAUCGGCAAGCUACAAGGGCAAGAUCUCACCAUCGGUACUUUCACGGCUACGACCAGCCAGCUCUACACAGGUCUGAUGGUUGUUUCGGUCCCGCUCCUCAUCUUCUCCGGACCGAUCAGCACCAUGCUCUGGCUUAUCGGAGCUAGUGGUGUAACCAUCCUGGGCCAUGCAGCCUUGAUGGACAAGCCAAUCGAGUCAGCUUUUUCCGAGGAGGCGGUCUAG